GCGAGAUAUACGGGCACCUGGCAGGUUGUUUAGGAUACCAGUAUGGCGACUGAAGACGACUCUGACAUUCCAGAAACUGGAGGCGUAUUCACAUUUGGCAAGAGCAAAUUUGCAGACAAUGUACCUAGCAAGUUCUGGAUCAGGAAUGACAAAGUUGUUGUGGUUGCAUGUGGUGAUGAACACACAGCACUUGUUGCAGAAAGUGGACGCAUAUUUACAUUUGGUUCCAAUGACUGGGGUCAGCUGGGACUGGGCAAUACAAAAUCAGCUACAAAGCCAAGCUGUGUAAAAUCUCUUAAAGGAGAAAAGGUGAAGUCUGUGGUAUGUGGGAGAUCUCACACUAUAGUUGCUACAGAGGAGAAUAAAUUAUAUGCUUUUGGUGCUAACAGUGAAGGGCAAUUAGGUAUAGAAGGUCUCCAGGGAAGCUUAAACCCUACACCAAUUGAUGCAUUUCCUGACCAUCAAAUCAAAAUGAUGUCCGCAGGGACUGACCACACUGCUGUUCUUACUGAAAAUGGUGAGGUGUAUGUGUGGGGAGGAGGAAGUGAAGGCCAGCUAGGUCUAGGGGACUUGGAUGAGUGUGCAAAGCCAGUCAAAAUACCCUUCAACAAGAAAGUCAGCUGUGUAGCUUGUGGAUACUAUCACACAGCACUGGUAACAAGUGAUGGAAAACUUUAUACAUUUGGAGAAAGUGAUCGUGGCCAGCUUGGUCUUGGUGAAGAUGUUGAAGAACAUGAUACUCCGCAGUUGGUGACAGGAAUAGAUGAGAGGGUUGUCUGGGUAGACUGUGGAGGAGCACAUACUGUAGCUGUCACUGGAUCUGGCAAAGUGUAUAGUUUUGGGGAGGGUAGCAAUGGCCAGUUAGGCCAUGGAACCACAAUACUGCAAUGUUCUGAACCAAAGUUGGUCACAAAAUUAAAAAAUGUCAAAAUAAAAACUGUAUCCUGUGGAGAAAAUCACACAGCAAUGAUAUCAGAGAAGGGAAGCAUGUUUACAUUUGGUGAUGGCAGACAUGGGAAGCUAGCUCUAGGAGAAGAAAAUUUUUCAAAUGCUUUUCAGCCUUCAAAAGUUACUCGUUUUGCAAAGUUUAUAGUUGAUCAGGUGUCAUGUGGAGGCUGUCAUAUGUUGGUAAUAGCACACAAACGUAUGGAGAAUGGUGAUAUUAGUGAUUCAGGAGAUGAGAUAGAAGAACCACUGAAAAAGUCACAAAACAACACCCUUCAUACCAAAGAUGAUUUAGACUUGAAUUCUAGUAUAUCUGCAAGGGACAGACGGCGGCUAAAAGAUGGUCCACUUCCUAGUUUAAAUAGGACACUACCCACGCUGUCAACAUCGAGAGCUCUUCCACCACUAAACUCUACUCUCCCUACUAGAGUCCAAGAUUCUCUAGUCAAAGGAAAACUACCAAGCAUUCCUAAAGAAGAUGUGAAAUCCUCAGUGCCUAAGGGUAAAGGAAGAAAGUCUAUUGGUGAUGAAAAUGAAGAGGAUGAUGAUGAAGAAGAAGAUUCAGAAGUUUCUGUCACCCCAGAAGGAGAGAGUGAUGAGGAUACUGAGGACGAAAAUGAAGAAUUCAAUAAAACCAUAAAAGACAGAAAGGAUAUGAAAGCAAAGUCAGCAGAUCUCAAAGCAAGAGCAGAGCAGAAAAAAAAGUUGGAAGAACAACAUAAGAAGAAAGGAAAAUCUAAAGUUGAGAAGAAGGAAGAAGAGGAGGAGGAGGAGGAUGAAGAAGAUGAAGAAGAAGAAAAACACACAAAGAGCAAAGAAGAGAAGGAGAAGAAAAAAGAUGAACUAAGAGACCUUGUGCCCUCUGCUAAGACAUCUUGUUGCAUAAAGGCCAAUAUAAACUUAAUGAUGUCAUUGCUGCCUUCGUUUCUUUCAGAGAAGGAAAAGAAGAAAGAGAGCAAGUUUUCAUUCUUUGGAAAAAAGAAGGUGCUUGAUGAUGAAGAUGAAGAGGAUGAAGAUGAUGAAGAGGAUGAUGAAGAUGAGCAGGAAGACAAAAAGAAAACCAAAGCAAAAGAUAAAAAAAGUAAAGCAAAGGACAAAUCCAGCAAAGAAAAAGACAAAAAAGGAAAAGGCAAAGAUAAAGAUGAAGAAGAUGAAGAAGAUGAGGAAGAUGAUGAGGAGGAAGAAAAAAGUAAAAAUAAGAAAAAAGAUAAAAAGAAAAAAGAUAAUAAGAAAGGUAAAGAUGAAGAAGAAGAAGAAGAGGAGGAGGAGGAGGAUGAAGAAGAGGACAAGAGUAAAAGGAAUGUUUGUCUUAUGAAUUUUUCAGGUAAGAAAAAGAAUGACAAAGACAAAAAGAAGAGCAAAAAAGAUGAAGAAGAGGAAGAAGAUGAAGAAGAGGAGGAAGAUGAUGUGAGUUUUGUUGAUGAAACAGAAAACAAAGACAAAAAGAAUGAAGUCAAAAAAGAAGAGGAGAAAAAAGAAGAACCUCCCAAAAAGUCCCGGACCUGCAAUAUAUUGUAAUAGAGACGGAAUGAGGAUAAAGACAUCUCAGGACUGUAUCAAGUCCAGCUGGCCAUUGGUCAGCACAAAAUGUUUUUGAUGAAAACAACUCAAAUGUGAUAGUGUUAACAGGUUUCUAAAGAGUGCACUGGUGUUGAUCCCAGAUAAUAUUAAUAAUGAUUAUUAUUAUAAUAAGCUAAAAUAGUUGGAUUGUAAAAUAAUAUAAAUUGUUAAAUUCA